AUGGCGUCGGUCGAUGUUGACGUUUCUAGCGUCGCCCUCGUUCCUCUUGACGAUGCUAAACACGACCUGGAAGACGCCCUUCUUUCAUUCAAGCCAGCCAACGGUGGUAUUGGAGCCACCGAAGCAGUGGAAAACUUUGUUGACGACGCGUCAAACAACGGUGGCGCGCCCCCAGUCGAGUCCAUCAAGGGCUUUGAGCCUCCCUCUAUCCUAGUUGAUGACUCUACCAUAUACGACGCGAAACCCGUUGCUGAGGAGCUGAAGGUGACAGAUAUUACUUCCUCUGAGGCGACGACCGAGGAGCAGGUCCAGUCAGACCUGGGCUACUCUCACGGCGAAGCAGUCGAUGAAACACGACAUUCCGAAAUUCCUCGUCCUUGGACGCCAUCUUAUAGCGUCACUACGCAAGGCCCCGGGACUCCCCAAACGGAGGAAGUAGUCGAGCCCACUGUUGCUGUUUCCGAGGUUGAGACUGGAGUAACCGAACAAUCUUCUGCGGACGAAAUAUCACGCCCAAAAUCUCCAUGGACUCCCUCAUACUCGGUUGUCACACAAGGCAGCCCCAACAUUCCCCCCAUCCAAUUAACAUCAACCACCGCUCAACAGCCUGACAUCGACUCUUCGGAAACUGCAUCUCCCAAUGCAAGCUUGGUUCCGGAGGAAACGCUUUCGGCGGUCACCGCGGAGCCAGAGCGUCCAAAAUCACCCGCCGUGAUUCUUUCGACAGAUGAUGUUGCUAUUGAAGAACCAGCUGUUCAUGAAGACGCAACCCCAGCUGAUGAAUCUCUCGAUUCCACUGAGGCGGUAAUGACGAGCCAGGAGGAAGCCGUGGAUGCCCAGCCUAUUCAAGAUGAAGGUCCCUUUGAAGAGACCAUCCCGGUUGAAGUGGUCGAACCUACACCAACGCAAGAACUUGACGAGCAUCACGUGGAACCUGUCCUUGACGAACAUGAAUCGGGACAUGCUGGAGAGUCUUCUAUGGAUACGACAACAUCAACUAUAUUUGAGGUGGCAGAUGUUUUGGUGGACUCCAACAAAGCAGAGAUUGUGACGACCAAAGAUGACCCAGAGGACGAAGACACGUUAGGCGCAGCGGAGCCGACGUCUGCAAUGACCGAACAUUCGACCCCUUCACAAACAGCGACGACGCAAUCUGAAGAGGACCUUACUCCAGGGACCAUAACUUCUUUCAUCGAGGAAGAGGCCCCUGAUCAGGCCAAACCGAGUGAUGUCACUGACGUUGAUCCUGAGUCGCUCGCGCCGGCUGUCGAUGAAAUCAUUGAGCGUCCUACAUCGCCCUGGACACCGUCUUACAGCGUCACGAGCCAAGGCCCUGGCAUUGAACACGUCGAGGAUAUCGUCGAGUUACCUUUUGUUGAACCCAUCGUCACCGUAUCCGAGGUAACAGUCGAGCCCACUGACGCGUCGCAGAACCCUGAUAUUGCGCGGCCGUGGACUCCUUCCUAUUCUGUUGUCGUACAAGGCAGUCCGAAUAUCCCAUCCGUUGAGUUGCACGCGCAAGCGGACGAAGUCGACAUGCCCUCCGCUGUAGACGAGCAGCUGAUACCGUCUGCCUCUAACGAACAUGUCCCCGAAGAGGUUGAAGCUUCACACGAGCCGCAAGCGGAGCCAGAACUAGUGCUUGAUGCAGCAGAACUCACUGACGCUAACCCUGAAAGUAGCCUGGAAGCAGUGGACAUUGAGACUCCAGAGCUCGAAGUAGAUGCCGCUGUUGUCGUCGCACCCACAGAAAUUGUCUCCGCAACUGAAGAUGAUCUUGCUUCUACAGUUGAAGACCUCGGUGUCGAAAACCGUGAACAAGCUAUCGCGCAAGUAGAGUCUUCUCAGCUUGUUGACCAGCCUAGUCCUUCGGGUGGUGAUGCUGAGGAGAAAGAGGGAGCAGAACCCACCGAAGAUCAGGAUCAGAUCGUGGCCGGAGAGGUCAUCCCAGCAGCUGAAGAUGUACAAGUGGAAGAAUCUGUCGCACAAGCAGAACUGUCUCAAGAAGAGGCGGCCGUUAUCUCCACCGAGGAAGAGGGAGAACAAAAUGAGGGGAAAGAGGAAGCAGAACCUUCCGAAGAUCAGCCCGUGGCCGCGGAGGUCAUUCAGGCAGCUGAAGAUGUCGAAGUGGAUGAGCAACCUGUCGCGCAAGGAGAACUGUCUCAAGACGAAGCGGCCAUUAUCUCCACAGAGAAGCCAUCUGUUGGCGAGGUUGGUCUUGCGGAAGUGGGAGAAAAUGUCGCGCAAGUAGAGUCCUCUCAGGAUGAUUCACUCAAGCAUGCAACUGCUCCCAGUACUGAUUCCGAGGAUAAAGCAGUUGAAGAUAGGCCAGCGGUUGAAGAGGCUGCCACGACAGAAUCCCUUGUUACCCUAGAGGCCGUCGACGAUACUGGUUCUACUGCUGACGCCGAAGCCGACCUCUCGGAAAUCGGACUGGUUGUUGAUGCUGAGGAGAGUGUCCAGGUCACGGCCGAGGCUAAAGAGCAGCCCCUCGUUGAAGCAGAGCAAUCUCAAGGUAAUUUGAAUGUUGACGAAACGGACCCUGCUGCCGAGGUCGAGCAAGAUAAUCAAGCUGACUCUGCCGAAGAUGAGCAAGUCGUUGAAGGGGCCGUUCCCGCAGUCGAGGACCUGAUUGUUGACGAGGGUGAACUACCUAUUGCGCAGGCAGAAGUGUCUUCAAACGAGGCUAUUCUUGAAGCCGAUACAGUUGUUGAAGACAUAUCUGUCCAGGAGAGUGAAGAAGUUACUGCGCCAGCUGAAGCGCAGGCAGAACCAAUCCAAGAGGACUCACUUGUUGAAGACACCGUCCGUAUCGAACCCACCGUUGAAGAAGAGGUCGCUGUCGACAUCGCAGACCCAGUAGCCGUCGUUGAACCAGUCUCGGGUGAAAGUGCAGGCACUGCGACCUCGUCUGAGGCUGAUUCCAUCACGGAGGAGCGUGCACUUGAUGUCGACGCUCCGGCUACUCAAGAAGUUACCGUCUCGUCUGAUCCCAUCGCCGAAUCGGAGCUGCAAACACCGCAACUCCCUGAUGCUGUUACACAUCCGAUUCCACUAGAAACGAACGAAGUGGCUCAGAUCGAUGAAGCUGUUCCUGACAAGAUCGACGAACAGAAUGGCACUGCGACAGAAGACAUCAUUGACUCAUCUACUGCCGUGGUAGAAGCGGAGGUCAGCCAACCAGAUGGUCCGACAGCGGAUCAACAUGAUUUGUCAGCCGAUAAUACCACACUGGAGAUCACCGAAAGCUCACAAAACAUCAAUACCGCUAUCGACCAAACGCUCGCGGAAGAGACGAGCCUUGUUGAACAACCUGCGGACAUCUAUGAGCCAGUUAUUGUCGAGGACCAGGUUCCGACGGUGAUAGAGCCGAGUACGGUGCCCGCAAUAAUGGACGAAUCUGCCGAGGAAGCCUCAAUACCUCCCACUGCUUUACUAGAGAUCGUCUCGGAAGCAGUGUCAAGUGUUGUGCCAGAGCUGGAGACUGAUUCGGCUACCUCACUCAUAGCAUCCCAGCCAGAAGUUAUCGAAAUACCCCUUGCACUGGAAUCGGACGAAGGGGGUCAGGUGAAUGCUAUUCACGAUGGCGCUUCGCAACCCGACCCAACCCCUGAGCUCGUUUCUCAAGCAGCUGAGACGCCAACGGCGGCGGACCAGGUUCUGGACGACGCUGAGCUGGUGACGGACAGCACAAUCAAAGAACAAGUGGAUGACUCUUCCAUUUUGGACAUGCCGGAAAGAGACACGGGCAUGGAAGUCCACGCAGAAGAGGACGUUGCAGUUGCUCAGGACACUCUUACGACCCCUUCGGAGUCUAUCGAGAGGCCUGCAUCGCCGUGGACAGUGUCGUACAGCGUCACGACGCAAGGUCCAGGUAUGUCUGCUGUCGAAGAGCCAGAAAAGUCACAAGAGCCUAUCGUUGUGAUCUCGCAAGUGGCUCAAGAGCCAGACAACGAGGCUCCUACUGAUCAGGCAGAUGUGCCGUCACGCCCUUGGACACCCUCAUACUCCGUCGUGGUUCAGGGCAGUCCUAACGUCGCUCCUACAGAAUUGGAAUCAAGUCUUGAUAUCGAGUCGGUCCAACAAACUGAGCCAGAGGUGGAGCGUUCUGUGGAUGCAACAGUCAGCGAAGACACUGCAUCAAUUCCUAUUGCUGAAACGGUGGCCGAGGAGGCAACAAUUGCAGCCGCAGCGCCAUUUGAGACGGAAGGCGAGGCUCAAGUGAUUUCUGACAAUGCUACUAGUCCAGAUGAAAUUGUGGAACCUGAGCCUCCAGCAGUGCUUCGCAACAUCUCUCCUGCCGUUCACAUUGAGGAGAAUGCUGUAGCUUUGUCUACUAGUGACAAGCCAGCAACGCUGGACGACCUAGCCACCACUCAAGAGGCCCUUUCCGUUGGUCCGUCUGAGGUUAAGGAUAUUGAGCGUCCCAAGUCUCCUUGGACCCCUUCCUACAGUGUCGUUACUCAAGGACCUGGUGUCGAAGCUGUUGAAGCAGCUGAACCCGCUGAACCUGUGCCUGACGUCCAACCCACACUCACGUUUUCCGACGCUCCCGACGAGAAAGAGGCAGAAGCAGAAAUUGUGGAAACCCCCCGGCCGAAGUCACCUUGGACUCCUUCGUAUUCUGUUGUCGUCCAAGGCAGCCCUUCUGCUCCUCCUAUUGAGCUGGAAGCGGAACAGGCGAAGCCAGAAAUUGUUGACCUAUCUACAUUACGCGACCCUGAUAUUGACGAGCACUCUGGUUCGCCUGAUUUCGCAAGCGAUGCUGUUGUUGCAGCCCUGGUGGAGUCUGGCAUAGUAUCGGAUGAACCGACAGUGAUCAAGUCUGAAAGCGAUUUCACAGCCGCCGAGACGCCAACUCGUCCCCUUACACCCCAAGUCAUCGCCACGCUCGAGACACCCUCAGAGAGUCAACCUGUCGAGUCUCCUGCCAAGUCUGCAGAUUCAACCAAUCAACAUACGCCUCUGGCAUCUGCACAGCCUUUGCCCGAACUUCAAGCGUUUCCCUCCAGCGCUGAUGGGGCUGGAGAUGCAGACGGUGAGGAGGAAGAUUUGGCACCUCCACUUUCACCUCGUUCAAGGCUCGAGUCCACUACUUCAAGCUUAUUUUUCCCUGGAGGUUGGUUCUCAAGGGCUCCAGACGAAAACCUUCGCCCGUCAUUGGAAGUGGCUGCGGGCGAAUUUACGCCAUCGAAGUCUUCUCCUCCAGUGCUUUCCUCGCCUCAACCUGAGGAAACCACUCAAACAGAGGAGAAGAAAGGUAGAUGGUGCAUAGUGAUGUGA